AAACCAAGACCAGUCGAACUCUCUUCUGCAUUAAUUCCGUUUUCGAGUCUCAUCCCUAAUUUAAAAAAGAGAAAAGCAGAAAAGGAAAGAGAUAUUAGCAGAAAAUCCCAUUUAUCGAUCGAUUGAUUUUGAUCUCAGAAUGAGCACCGGCGAGCUACUCGAAAUCGACCCUCUUGAACUCAAAUUCCCAUUCGAAUUAAAGAGGCAGAUCUCCUGCUCUAUCCAGCUAUCCAACAAAACCGAUGACCACAUCGCCUUUAAGGUCAAGACUACGAGCCCGAAGAAGUACUGCGUUCGACCCAACACCGGGAUCGUCUUGCCCCGAUCCACAUGCGAUGUCAUUGUUACCAUGCAAGCGCAGAAGGAAGCGCCUCCUGACAUGCAAUGCAAAGACAAAUUUCUUGUUCAAAGCGUUGUCACCAUGACAGGAGUCACUAUGAAGGAUAUCACACCCGAAAUGUUUACUAAAGAGUCAGGUAAUACGGUAGAUGAGGUCAAACUGCGAGUUCUUUAUGUGUCGCCGCCUCAACCUCCAUCUCCAGUUCCGGAGGGAUCUGAUGAAGGAUCUUCUCCUAGGGCUUCUGUGUCAGAUAAUGGGACUGCAACCUCGCAGGAAUUUGCUAACACAUUGAGAUCAUGUACUGAACCUCAAGAAAAAUCUUCAGAGGCAAUGGCAUUUAUUUCAAGGCUUACCGAGGAGAAGAACGCUGCAAUCCAACAGAAACAUAAACUCCGACAGGAACUUGAGCUUUUGAGGAAAGAGGUGGGUAAGCAACGCGGUGGUGGUUUCUCCUUCGUGUUUGUGGUGAUUGUUGCACUGCUGGCUAUCACUCUUGGCUAUCUUGUGAAGUCAUGAGUGAUGCUUCUCCUCGGACAUUCCUUGAGAGAAAUUUAUCCUAAAAGAGCAAAAAAGGCAAUUCAAAAUGGAAGGAAAGAAAGAAAGUUCAAAAUUGACAUUGUUUUCUCAGAUAGCAGUGUGCUUCAGCGGCUUGUAAUUGUCUAGGUUUAACUCCGUUGUAAUUUGAGGAUCUGUCUUUUAGGUCUCUUGUUCAACGUUGCUUCUAUAGUUUUUGCGUCUAGUCCCUAGCUCUUUAGCUUCGUAGUAUCUAUUGAUGUUCAUUAAAUUCUCAUUCAUUUUCAAGUGAUAAUUGGUUUUUCUCAUAUUUAUCAAUCU